GGUUUGAUUUGCGGGAUGAAUUUGAGAUUAAAAAAUAAAAGAUUCAUGAAAAUUCAUCCUAAUUUAAAAAAUAGUUUUUUUUUUUAAAAAAAUUAUUGUUUUCCCCCUUUGUUAGCAUCCAAAUUCGCACGCUGGAAAUUCAUCGUCUAAUUGUUUUUUUAAAAAAUAAAAAUAAAAACAAAAUAAAUACUACUACAAACGACAUAGUUUCAUCUUCUGGGUUAGUCUGUUUAAAUGCCCGCCCUUCUUCUCUUUCUCAAAGCUGCAGCAGAACAGAACUACAGAACCCCAGAACCACAGAAUUUGUGAACUGCAAAGUUACUUCUGGAAUUCCGUUCAAUUGCCGGAUAUUUCCGCCGGCGGUUUGUGCUGUAAUUCGGAAGACAGAGUGAUGGAAGGUUCAGUGAGGAAGAAGGGAACAGUGACGCCAAUCUCGUCCUUGUUCUCGCCGGAGGAUACUCAGAAAGCGUCGGAGCGCGUUCAGCAGAAGAUCGCCGAGCAGCACAAACACCUUGACGUACUGAAGGGCUUUAUCUCCGAAAACACUGACCUUAUCAACCUCGUACAGACACUCCCCAACGAACUCCAGCACCAAAUUAUGGUACCAUGGGGAAAGGCAGCAUUCUUCCCGGGCCAGUUGGUUCACACCAAUGAAUUUGUGGUAAUAUCUUCGUAUGAUUUUUUAUAUUUUUCUUUCCUUGAUGUCUGGACACGAUCACUCGUAAAAUGUGCUAUUGGAUAUAAGAACAAACAACUGAAUAUUGGUUGUGUCUUUUACUUACUAAAUUUUGCAGUUUUAAACCUUUGGUUCCUUUCGACUUUGAAAGCGAGUAGUUUUGACCACAGCAUUCCUGCUUUUGAUAAUUAUUUGCUAAAUGGAUUUCAUGAAAUUUGAAUUUAGACAUUUCAUCUGGAUGAGUGUCCAUGUCUUUAAAGUUAUGUCUGUGAACCAGCUGAGAAGUCCUUUUGUACUUCUGCUGUGAUUUUAUACCGCUUCUAUUUUGAAACUCAAAUUGUAUGUUGCUACUCGAUGGAACUGGAUCAAAUUGUCUGAAAGGUGUAGUUCGGCCUAGUUACAUGCAUCGUAUCAGAAACGUCUAGAUAAUUGAUGCACUGUCUGCAGGUUCUUCUUGGUGAUGGAUAUUAUGCUGAAAGAACCUCCAAGCAAACAGUGGAUAUUCUAAGAAGAAGACAUAAGGUUUUGGAGUCUCAAGUUGACUCAGCCAAGGCUGAGAUUCAAGAUCUCAAAACUGAAGCCUCUUUUUUUAAUGUUACAGCUCAUGAGGCAGCGAGUGGUCUUGUUCAAAUAGUCGAAGACUAUGAUGAGGAGAGACCUUUUCAUGAUGCAUCUAAUUCAGGUGACAUUUCUAGUUAUGCUGAGAGUGAACAGGAAAAAACUGGAAAUGAAGACAAUGAAUAUGAACGUAUCAUGGCGCGCCUUUCUGAAUUGGAGAAGGAAGAAGAAGCAGCUGAAAAUGGUGCUGAAAAUGGUGAUGAAAAUGAGGAGAGUGAAGAGGAUGAACAGGAAAAAACCGGAAAAGAAGAUGAUGACUAUGAACGUAUAAUGACCCGCUUGGCUGAGUUGGAGGAGAAAGAAGAAGCGGCUGAAAAUGAUUAUGAAAUUGGUGAGAGUGAAGAUGAGGCUGAUCAGAAUCAGAAUGAAAAUCAAUUUUCUAGAGAUGAAGUUGUGAGACACUCGGGGGUAAAUGAUCAAAAGCAGCCAUCCAUGUUCAAAGGUGUUAUGCCACAAGCGCAAGCUCCAGCAUCCUAUAAAUCCAGUUUAAGGGAGAAUGCCGCACAGCUUCCUGAGAUAAAGGAAAAUCUCCAGGCUUCCCUUGCGGCGAAACAUGAGGCUUCUAUUCCCCCAUCGCAACCACGCUCCAGCACUACUAACAAGGCUUUUACUGGUUCCGUAGUGGAGCGCAGCUACAACCUAGGGAUGAAACCACCAGAAGAGACCACAGCAAGUAGCUCAAAGCCAGUUUCAAGAUUCAAAAUGAAUAGGAAAUAGCUUGUGUGUAGUAGGACAAUGAAAUUUAGAAAUCGUGGAGGAAAUGAGUGAUAUAUCACACCCCCUUAUCUAAUUCUGAUUACAAUAACAAAAUGGAGAAUGUCAAUUGUCAAUGUUGCUUUCAUGUAUUUACAGAUCAAUUACAUCAUUUUACAAUGACACUGACAUCGAUCUCCCUACAGAGCCCCAUCCUAAAAUAUCUAUUCAAAACCGAGGUGAAAGGAGACCCCUCUAUUCACAAGAUUUCCAAAAUACUCUAUAACAUGUGCCCUACUGGGGAACAUAACAAGAACAUAUCAAGUGCCCGGUAGCUUUGCUUUUUUAUUCUUAUAGUUCUGAAGUAAUUUUUCCCGUUGUUCUGGAGUUGCUGAAAGUAACCACUUGCUUAGCUGUACAUCUCCCAUGCCCAUAAACAAAGCUAGGGCGCUAUAUUGCCUCUUCUUUCUCAACUUGGAUGAAGCAGCACUUUGUAUAUUGUUUGCCUGACCAUCCGAUUUCCUCCUGAUACCAGGGACAAAUGACACUUGUACAUUGUCUUCAAUAUGCAUGCUCGACUCUCUAUCUCCUUUUAUCCCAGGUCUUGAGUUAACGAUGUCUUCAUUUCGGUGGUUGUAUACAAUACCUGAAAAGGACAUGAAAACUAAACAAAUGAAGGUUCGGAACAACAGAACUAUACCCAAAGUUAUCACUCUGAUUUGCCUAAUACAACAUGACACUAAGUAAAUCCUAGAACUCACAGUUUUCUUCGAGCUUUAUUUGCAAAUUAAAGUAAGUUACACUUAAGAAAGUCAUCUUGGCUGACUCCCAAAAGGAGUAAAAAAACUCACCCGCAUCUUCAAGUACUGGUUUGGCUUUUUUUUUACCAUCGUCUUCUGAUGAAUUGUCGUCCUCUGAUUCAGUUGAUACUUGAAAUGCUUCUUUAUACGGAAGAAAGGACAUCCCAAUACCAGUUAUAUCUGCGCUUGCAUUUGCAGAAUUCGCAUGUUCCAUUUCUUGCUUUUCAUGCAAUUCAAUAAUUUCACUAGUGAAAAGCUUAUCAGAUAGGUCGCGGAACAGAUUGCAGAUCCCAAACAGUUCUCCUUGAAAUUUUUU